AUGGCUGAUCAACUAACUGAAGAACAAAUAGCUGAAUUUAAAGAGGCUUUUUCUCUUUUUGAUAAGGAUGGUGAUGGAACUAUCACGACCAAAGAAUUAGGUACGGUUAUGCGUAGUUUGGGACAAAAUCCAACUGAGGCUGAAUUACAAGAUAUGAUCAAUGAAGUAGAUGCUGAUGGUAAUGGUACAAUUGAUUUUCCCGAAUUUCUCACAAUGAUGGCUCGUAAAAUGAAAGAUACUGAUAGUGAAGAAGAAAUUCGCGAAGCAUUCCGUGUAUUUGACAAAGAUGGCAAUGGAUUUAUUUCAGCAGCUGAAUUGCGUCAUGUGAUGACAAAUUUAGGAGAAAAAUUGACGGAUGAAGAAGUUGAUGAGAUGAUCCGCGAAGCAGAUAUUGAUGGAGACACACCAUUACAAUCAAUAAUCGAAACGCCAUUAACUGAGUCACUUGUAAAUGAACUUUUUCAUCAACAAAAUAAUGAUGGUUCUUUUCCAGCAACAGAAAGUCUUGGCAAAUUAUUCAAUGUUAAUUUUGAAUUAAUUAAAAAUCAAUUAAAAGAAAAAGGCUUAGAAUCAUCAAUUUCCGAUGAAAUUCAUCGACUUAUAUCAACGGCUUCCGUUCUUUUUUAUUUUUUAUAUCAUAGUCAGAAAACAAAAUUUCCUGUUGAUAUUGCUACUAUUAAUCAAUUUGUAGCAAAAGCACGCACUGAAUUAGAAGGUCUUUCACUUAAAGAUGAUCCAAUUAUUCAAACAUAUGUUGAUAAGGGUGAAUUAGCUGUGAAAUUUGUGAUUGAUACACGUGGAAAAUAUGCUAAUAUUUGUAAUAGUUUAAAAUUGCCUCAAACUGAUUGGGAAUCUUAUAUUCAACAUUUAAUGGGUUUAGACAAACAAAAAUAG